UUGAUAUAAAUCUAACCUCAUUCCCUCAUUGAUAAUGGAAGAAACUAAGAAACACUUCAAGUGGGGAAGUAUGAUGUGUUAAAUUUAAAUAGUCCAUAAAUAAGUCUUAAAAAAUGAAUAGUGACAAAAAACUGAAAAUUGCUUUCAUACAUCCCGAUCUUGGAAUAGGAGGCGCUGAAAGGCUGAUUCUGGACAUUGCAAGUGCCUUAUCUCUUGAUGGUCACCAAGUGAGGUUCAUCACAAAUCACUUUGACAAAAGUCAUGCAUUUGAUGAACUCAAAAAUGGUAAUUUUCCUGUAGAAGUUUAUGGAGAUUGGUUGCCCAGGAGCAUAUUUGGAAAAUUCCAAGCGUUAUGUGCCUAUAUAAGGAUGAUAUAUUUGUCCAUAGUAUACAUUCUAUUCAUGAGAGACGAGAAUAAACCUGACCUGUACUUCACAGAUUUAAUUCCAAUAGCAAAUCCAUUUCUGAAAUUGGCUAAUGAGAAAGUUAUUUACUAUUGUCAUCAUCCUGACUUGCUUGCUAGUGCUCCUGGUGGUAAGCUAAAGAAAAUUUAUAGGAAACCCAUUGACUGGCUUGAAAUGAAAGCCACCGGUCAAGCUGAUAUAAUUCUAGUCAACAGCCAAUAUACCGCUUCCGUAUUUCGAAAGACGUUCCCUGAUAUAAAAAAGUCAAUUCACAUUUUGUACCCCACUAUAGCAAAUUCCUACCAAAAAACUGUGGAACAAUUGAGAACAAUGAAGCCUAUAGAAAAACUAGUGCCAGAAAUCCAAAGUAAUAGUCAAAACAAGUUUGUGUUUCUGUCCCUAAAUCGUUUUCAUCCUGCUAAGAAACUUGAAUUAGCUAUAUUAGCCAUGACACAACUAAAAAAUAUUGUUUCAAGAGAGGAAUGGGACAAAAUUUUCCUUCUGGUCGCUGGAGGAUUUGACCCACAGUCGAGGAUCAAUGCAGAAACUUUCCUGGAACUUGUUACAUUAACCAAAGAAAAAAGUUUAGAAGAUAAAGUGAUAUUUCUUAAGUCUCCAAAUGAUAAUCUCAAGGCUGAACUACUCAACUCAUGUUCUUGUCUUGUAUAUACUCCAGUGAAAGAACAUUUUGGAAUAGUCCCUCUUGAAGCAAUGUUGGUAUCUAAACCUGUGAUUGCUGUCAACAGCGGGGGCCCUCGUGAAACAGUUGACCAUGGAGUAACAGGAUACCUCUGUGAGCCAAAUUCUGAUAGUUUGGCUGACUUUAUGUACAGGGUGUUGAAAGAUAAUAUUAAAGAAAUGGGAGCAAGAGGAAGAGAUAGAUUGGAUGAUAGGUUUUCUUACAGUAGUUUCAAAAUGUGUCUUAAAAAAAUCGUUCGAAAGGCUGUUGAAGAAUUUUAGGAAAUUAAUCAGUUGACAUUUGUUAAUGUACAUAAAUAAUAUAUUUGAUACAUAAUAAUAAUUUUAAGCAUUCCAAUUAUUAGUUGUAGCUGGAAGCCCAAAAGAUUAAUGUUGAAUAUAUCUGAAAUUGUGACUGAUGUUAACAGAACAUGAAGAUUAUGAUUCACCUGCAAUCAAUAAAGAAUAAACUAGUCUUAUAAAUUGUAA